CAGCGUCGCCUCCCGCCUCUGCCCCGGUACCGGCACAGGCACCGCACGCGCGGCGCGGCUCGCGGUGCUGUCGCCAUGUCCGAAGCAACGGUCACGUCCAGAGCGAUCCAGAAUCUGAACACUGGAAUAGACCUGUCAGUCCCAGAGUACCAGGAGAUCCAUGGUAAAAUGAUGUCUGGUCAUGUUGAAUAUCAGAUUGUUGUUGUAACGCAACUGGCUUCAUUCAAGUCUGCGAAGCACAAACCAAGGGAUGUUGUUCAGCUUGUGGUAUCUAAAAAGUACAGUGAGAUUGACGCCUUGCAUCAGAAGCUAGGUACUCAGUACCCACAGGCAAGCCUGCCGCCCAUGCCCAGAAAGGUUUUAUUUGUAGGGGAGUCGGCUAUAAAAGAACGAAGAGCAACGUUUGAUGAAAUCUUCAGAUCUAUUUCCAAGGACAAAACUCUUGUUACAAGUCCUGAGUUAUUGGCCUUUUUAGGAGCAAAAGGCAGAGACCUAGGAGAUUUAAAAUCUAGAAAUGUUACAGAUGAACAGCAGGAAGAUGAAGGGGAAUUUGGAGAUUUUUUCAACCAAGAGGCCACUAAGGAUGCUGUGCCGGUCAAACAUUCAGAGACCUACAAGACAGCAACUGAGCAGAUAGUAGAAAUGGCAGAUCCAUUGGGUGUUACUAGCUACAGAGUAAAGAAAACUGAGACACCUGCAAAGAAAGCCACACAUAAACUCACACUUUUUGAAGAAGUGGAUGCUGAUGCUGGGCUUUUUGAUCCUGUUGAAAGUUCCACCACACAGGUCGGAAAGAAAUCGACUUUCAGCGCCACUGGUUUCCGAUUAUUUGAGGACCCAGACUUGGAUGGGGCAGUUCGAUCAGAUGACCCAUUAUUACUUCCAACUACCUUUGAGCACAGAAUUGGUGCCUUAAGCACUGAUCUCAAUGAGGACACUGAAGAACUACUCAGAGUUGAAGAUGACUUGGAUAAAAUUCUGAAGUUACGCUCCAGCAGCAAAGCAAAACCUAAGGUACCAACCAAGCCAGCCAUACCUAACAAAGCAGCCUCGUCACCAGCACCAGAUGUGUCGCCAGCACCAGUGAGAUCCACUGAAAACCCAGUGGACAGCAUGAAUGAAAUGGACAUUCUAAAAUACAUCCAACAGAACGAGGCUUCAGGCAGUGAGGCACUGGACUUGUUUUGAACAACAUAAAUCACCUCCAUACUGUUGAUUUCCUGCAAUUGUUUGAUUACUUGCCUGUGAACAACUGUGAAUUUGACAAUUUGCAAAAGUUUUUCCAUCCCACUGGUGAACAGUGGAUCAGAGUGGGAUGUAAAGGAAAGUGGUAAAUUCUCAAGUUUAUAAUAUUUGAAACAAAAGACAUGUAUUAAAUUCUAAAAUAUAAAAUAAGUGGUACAUGAAAGAUCCUAGUUGCUAAUAUAGGGAAUACAAGGAAAGGGUGAACUGAGUUUAUCAGGCACAAAUCAGAAAAUUACAUCUGUUUGUAUGUGAAAACAUGAGGAAAGGUACAAUUUUCACUGUAUUUGAGUAAUCGGCACAUUCAGUGUUUUAACUAUUCAAUAAUUACAAAUUUUGCCUGCAAAAACAACUUGUAUUUUUAUAGCAUCAUUCACAUAGGAUGCUUGGAAUGUUUUGCAAAGAAUGGGGUCAGAUGGUAAGCAGGCGAGCGGGGGAAAGGUAGAGGUAAUAUGUAGUGUCCAUUUGUAGGUGAACGUGACAUCAAUUUGCACACAGCAAUGGCCCACAAAC